CGAGUUCAGACGAGGAGCGAGUCGGCUGCUGUCAGUGUGGCUCCGUGUGUUUGUCCUCAAACAUGUCGGCUAGAAACCCAGGGACGGUGCUCGACCUAAACAGGAUCUGCAAAGUGAGAGUGAACCCCCAGUCUGUCCUGAAGAGGGCUCAACAAAUUCAAGGACAGAAGAUCCCCAAGAAACAGUGGCAGGCUGCGUGGCUGCUGAAGGCUGUAACAUGCAUUGACCUGACAACUCUGGCUGGAGAUGACACACCGUCCAAUGUCCAUCGGCUCUCUAUGAAAGCCAUCCAGCCUGUCAGAUACGACUUGCUCAAGAAGAUGGACAUGCACGACAAAGGAAUCACUACUGCAGCAGUGUGUGUGUACCCCUCUCGUGUGGCUGAUGCUGUCAAAUCACUGAAAGCAGCCAACUCCAGCCUUCCUGUUGCCUCAGUGGCCACUGGUUUCCCAGCAGGCCAGACACCACUGGAGGCCCGCCUGCAGGAAGUCCGCAUGGCGGUUGCUGACGGUGCCACAGAGAUCGACAUCGUCAUCAACAGGAUGCUUGCCCUCACAGGACAGUGGGAAGCCAUGUAUGAUGAGAUCCGUCAGUUCCGGGAGGCCUGCGGUGACGCCCAUAUGAAGACCAUCCUGGCUAUUGGAGAGCUCGGCACAUUCACCAACGUCUACAAGGCCAGCAUGGUGGCCAUGAUGGCAGGUUCAGACUUCAUCAAGACGUCUACAGGAAAGGAGGCUGUCAAUGCUACUUACCCUGUUGCCAUAGUGAUGGUGAGAGCCAUCCGUGACUACUUCCUGUACACGGGCUACAAGGUGGGCUUCAAGCCAGCAGGUGGGAUCCGGACAGCUCAGGAGUCUCUGCUGUGGCUCACUCUGAUCAAAGAGGAGCUUGGCAUGGACUGGCUCUGCCCUCACCUGUUCCGUCUGGGUGCCAGUAGCCUGUUGGCGGACAUCGAGAGGCAGAUCUACCAUCAUGUGACUGGACAGUAUGCAGCCUAUCAUGAGAUGCCAAUGGUCUGAAGUUACAGGCAUCCUGUUUUGAGAAUCAGAACCUCAGAUUCACCACAGAAGCCUAAGUCAGUCAAGUCUGUGCUGAUUUGUGCAGGACUCUGACACAUCUGUUCUGUCAACCUUGUCACAGUGUUUAUGGACAUGAUAAAUCAGUAAAUCAUUGUGUUUGUCAGUCAGUGUGAAAGCAGUCAGUGUUCCAGAGGAAUAACUAGUCAUUUUCAGUUAAUAAAAUUGUGAGAUGUUUUGUCCUUAGUUACAUUUUAACUGUGGCUCUUUACAAAAUAAAUACAUGUUGAAUGGCC